GUCGCACCGUCGCACGUUUCAAUUCGACGUGCAGCAGCAGCGCCUGGCCCGCAGGCAAGCGGCCCUGCUUCGGCGCCGGCAGGACCCUCCGCCUAGCUUGCGGCUUGUUUACAUCUGCACGAAGCUGCACCGCACGUCGCUCACUCGACACUCGACACUCGACACUCGCCGCGCACACGCAUGGCCUGCGAACGCUGCUUUGCUCGCCGCCGCCGCCUCUCUGCCAUGCCAUUGCGGCUGCUUCGGUUCUUCUAGUCGGGCUCAGCUCCUUCAUCGUCCGCCCUCGUCACUCGUGUCCGCGCAAUUGGCACCAUGGUCGUCAUCAAACCGGAGCCGGCAGCGCUGUCUGCCAACGACUUGUCGCUGUUCUAUACCACCGACGAGCUUCUGUCCAGCUCGCCCGUCCUCGUCUUCUAUGGCCCGACCGCGACCACCACCCAGGCGACCCACUCGCGCAUCCAGGCCCACGUCUUCACCCCGGCCGGCCUCCAGAACUUCGCCCGUCUGAUCAUUUCGCCGACGGCUGCGUUCUACAACGCCGUGACGUGCCUUCCGCGCGAAGAGCAGGGCGACGAGAUAUGCCGGGGCCUCGCCUUCAGUCUGUACAAGUACUAUGUCGAGCUGCCGGCCGAGGUCAAGAGCGCCUGGGAGAAGCAGUACAGCUCCAUGAGCCGCCUGCCGUCGGCACCGAAGCUUUUCUCCGAGUCCCACGCGGCCAUGGUCGCUGCACGCAUGGUGAAGAUCCAGAACGCCGAAGACGUAAUAAUUGAUGUGCGACAUGCGCUGGGGGAGCAGACUCUGUCAUGGCUGGAUCUGGACGUUGUUCUGCCGCAGGGGAGCAUUCAGAAGCUGGACAAUGCACGGGAGUCGGCACAAUUCGACGAGUCAGAGGAUGAUGUGCUUCAACAGCGAUAUGGCCCGUAUGGCCCCCUUGUGAAGCUGUUCGGAGAGACGGCCUUUAUACCCACGUCGAAACUGCGACGAGCUCCCUCCAAACCCACCGGCCUCAACCGCUCACAGUCUUUCUCGAGGAAGCACAAGGAGAAUCUCAGGCGGGAGAUGUGCGAGCUCCUCGACACCGAGGAGAACUACGUCAGCAAGGUCCACGAGCUAGUCAACAGUGUGGCCGUCGACUUCCGUCAGAAGGCGAAGCUCAAGAGCUUUUCGAGCACAAGCCCGAGCGAGCAGGCUCUAAAAGGGCUAUUUCCUCCGAGCUUGGAUAAGAUACUCGACGUCAACUCCAAGUUCCUGGACGCCAUACGUAACGUCCUUGAAGAGACAGAAAACGAUGCGAUUCAGGACAUCGAGCAGGCCGCAGACGACGUUUUCGUCGCGCCUCUACGGGGACAGAAAGACCCAUCAGACGUCACCGGGGCUUUAGCAGUGGCUAAGGCUCUUGUAGAGUGGUUUCCGCAGUUCGGUGAUUGCUACACUGACUAUAUGGCGGCGCACGCAGAUUUCUCGCAGCUGCUCAAAAGCUUCAUGAAGGAUAACACCUCAAGCUUUUCCAAGCGCGUCUAUGAGACAGGAGAACAGCGCCUCAUGUCCAUGCUCAUCGAGCCUGUCCAGCGCCUCCCCCGCUACAACCUCUACAUCGACAAUAUUGUCAAGCAGCUUCCUAUCCGACACCCGGCAAUCAAGACCUUCCUCAAGGCGAGGGAUAUCGUCUCGGAGAUCUGCUCGCGCGAUGGACCAUCAGCACAGCAGAUCAAAGUCUUUGACCGCUUGCGCAAGCUGGUUUUCUCCUGGCCACCUACGUUGAACCCGCAAGGCCGGCUAAUAACCACCAUCGACUUUGUGGAACUCUCAGCUCCUUAUCAUGGAGAGCUACAUGGUCCUUCGACAACUGCCGGCAUUUUCCUUGUCUUCGCGGACUCCCUAGUCAUGCUGCACAAGCCGAAUAGCUGCACGACGACUGCUCGUAGUCUAAUGGCCGACCUGGACAAUCCGCGAUUCGCCGAGACCUUUUCCGGCUCUGCGGAGCUCAUCUUCCACCAGCAACUCAAGCUCGCUGACGUUUUUCUCAGCGAGCAUUCAGAGGGAAGCAUACUCCAGCUACUCUCGCCCACGCCUUCCUCGAGCCAGCCGGGACGGCCGAGAAGCCGAGACCGCCAGAACAUAGGCACCCGGAUGUUCUACCUCCAGGGAGCGUACGAGGGUAAAGCGCACAGGUGUGUCGAAGAGGUUACCAAGGCGAAGGUUGAGGGUCGAUAUCCCGAAGCGGAGCGAGAAAGCCAGACAUGGGAAGUUCGCAGCGUAUUUGGCGACCUCAACCUCUAUUCUGCUAUCUCCGAGGACACUGGAGGACAGUCUGUUGAGGGUCGGAGAGAGCCAGCCAAGGUCCGGAUCAUGGUCGAGGCAUCGAAAUUCCCGCAGCCCGUACGAGUUGGAGACUACGGCAUCGAGCUGACGAUAUCCGUAUCCGUCCUGGAGGGUGGCUUCUACCUCCUCGACAUUGCUGGCGUUAACGGCUAUGCUACGCGAGACAAGCUGACUAGCGUCGAGUUUCUGCCAGUGCUGACGAAGCGGCUUGGAAAUUUCUUCCAGCUGCGCAACAACAUCAAGAAUCCUGCAUUGACCGAUGCUUACCUCUUCCGCAACCAACAGAUUCUGAAGUCACUCAAACUCCGGCUUGAGGAUGGUGGAGACGGUCAGGAUAGCAAGAGCCGGCCACACUCACCUGUCAAGAUGCUCUCGAAUCUGUUCGGUGGCAGCGUGGGCAAAGAGGGCGGGACUAAGAAGCUCCAGCGAAAUCCAGCUUCUUUGGGUGAUAUUCCUCGGAUGGCGCCUCCUCUACAACCCCCUCCAUCUCGUACCCACAGCCGAGAUGGCGAGAUGUCUCGUCCAACCUCUUCCAGCAAGACCAUUGGUUUCAACGGCAAUACCGCACGCUUGGACUCGCCCGCUAGGCUGGAGGAGACUCUCGCAACCUUGAUUCUAGCGCUCCAUGCUCGUAAAGGGAACAUCGUGGGACGAUCUAUCCGGGCAAGGGCCGUCGCAGAUGAACUCGCAGUCAACGAGGUCUAUAACUCCCUGCUGGAGAAUCCUUCCAACCUGGAUCUCGCCUCGCAGUCCUCCGUCGACGUUCUGUUUGCGGCUUUCGAAAAGUUCCUCAACGUCGCGUGGCGGGAGAAGAUGGGUCCUGUUCUCUCUCCCGCCACGCUUGUGUCGUUGCAGAUGAAAUCAGACAGCAUGUAUCCCGGCGAGUUUGAGGAUUUCUUCCGGACGACGUUCCAUGAGCUGGCGCCCCAGAACCAGCGAUCGCUGCGCGCAAUCAUCAAGCUACUCGCUGAGCUGCUCGAUGGCAUGGGCAACGACGGAGACCGUGGUAUCUUGACUGCUGCGUUUGCAGAGAUUGUCGUCACCGAAGGCAACGCGAAUGACUACAUCUCCCUGAUUGACCGCUUCAUCCAAGACAUUGAUGCGCUCUUCCCAGCUCAGCAGAGUGGCGUCAACACGCCCAAUUACGGUUCCGUGGACUCAAAGGGUCGAUCCACUGUUGCCGGGUCGAUGACCUCAAACACCUCGUUGAGGAAACGCUUCGGCUUCGGCACUCUUACCAGGGAGAACAGCAAAUCUGAGAAUGAGUCUAAAGUCGGUUCACUGUGGCGCUCUUUGAGCAAGAACAGCCACGGAGCAGAGAGUCAACCGCCCAGUGUAUCGAAAGCUGGGCCUGCCUCCCUUGGCCGUUCUAACUCUACAGACACCAACGUUCGCGCCUCACCCAAGCGACCGGUGUCCCGGGACCGUCCUACGGUGCUGGGCGCGUUCGCCUUCGAGGGCCAGCAGAGUCCGGGCCGCUCAUUCUUGGGUGCACUGGGCACAAUUGGAGAGGUACCGUCUACUGCUGGACCUCCCCGCAAAAAGCGACGCUCUUCAUUGAGUGACCUCAAAACUUUGCAGGAUGCUGACGAUGCGCCCACGUGGUCUUCGCAGACUCCUCGUACUCCUCGUAGACCUGAGUCGUCGCAACCUAAUGCCCGGCAGACGAGCGCUUCGCCGCGGACGCCAUCUCGUACUACGCCAUCGCCGAUAAAGCACUCGUCCAUCCCUACGCCCACGCGUCUGGGAUCACCUAUGCGGAAGGAGAACUCACCCGCCAAUGCACUAGAGCGUGUAGGCACCGUCCGUCCAAAGUCGAUGACUGCGAAGCCAGAAGCUAAGGAAGAGGUUACCAUCAAGUCCUACAGUCCGUCCAAGAAGCGAACGGAGUCUGUCUCCGGCAUUCCCACCCUCAAGGCUACCCACAGUGGUCUAUCUGAGCGCCCAAUAUCUGGCAACACGGUCAAGCUCCCACCGUCGACGCCGCGCUCGCCAACCAAAGCUAGCAGCUCAGCCAGCCCGCCGAAGAAGCUCAAGAUGCAGAGCCCACAGAAGCUGCGGGAGCGUCUCCAGACCCAGCAGCGCGACAUUGAAACCGCAUCCAAAGAUCUCCAGAGCGAGCUCAGCGCCAUCGGCCACGAGCUCUCGUUCCAGCGCACCCCACGUCUGACGACGCAAUCAUCCGCGCCACCCUCCCUCUCCGACCCCAAAUCCCUCGAAAGCCGCGUUGCACUCCUCGAGAAACACCUCAAGACAACGCUCGAAUCACUCUCCACCCGCACAUCCGCCAUCGCGCAGGAUGUCAGCACUUCCCUCCAAGUCAGCGAGUCCCGCGCGAAGCACCUGGAUCAACUAUACCGUGACAUGAACGCGGAGAACGAGGCGCUGUACGCACGCUUUAACGAGGAGCUGGAGAAGGUGGAGCGCAGUGUGCGGAAGGGCAGGGGCAAUGAGGAGUUGGAUCGCAGGAUGAAGGCGAGCGAGGAGGAGGCGACCAGGUUACGGAAGGAGAAUGCGCGGUUGAAGAGAGAGGUUGCAGGGUUGAAGGCCCAGCUUAGGGAGUAGGUGCGCGCCCCAACGCGCUACACUCGCUCCUCUUUUUCCUUAUGGGAUGAGGUGAUUCCUUGAGGGGGUCUGUUGACGCGGCAUAGGGCGCUCGAGCGAGCAGCUUUACCCGCGGGUAUGAGCGCGGGAGUCGUGUUGGCGGUUCACGAGUGUCACACUUGCAUAAUUACGGCGUUCAUGGCGGCUUUUAGGCGGAUUCGCACGACGGCGGACGUCAUCGGGGGCGUUAUGGUGGAUAUCUUGAUUGGCAUCGGGAUGCUGAUCUUCUUUUCCUUCUUGAUGCUACUAGGCUGUGUCCUGUUGCUGAUCGAGCGCUUGAGGGACGAGUUUUUGGCUAGGGACGAUGGGCUUAACGGGUAAUGACCUUGUCUCGAUUGGAGAUGUGAAUAUAUACUAUGUGCAU